CGAUGCCUAGUUGGGCCUUUUACGCAACCAAGCAACAUAAAGAAUAACAAUUGAUACUCGUGUUGGGAAUGACAUUGUUGUUUAAAUCUAGCCAUACGCCUCGGGGCGUCGUCGUCUGCAGCAACAUUUUUUUCUCGUUUUUACGUCAACGGGCACAUUUACCUUGAUCCCAUAUCCAGUAAAAGUGAUGCUGGUGCCAGGCACCAGAGCGAGAGCCCGGGGCCUGGGCGCCUUGCUUCUGGUGCUGGGACUGGCCAUCGUCGCCCCGACAGUCGGCCAUGUGGUCAAUGUUGCCGUCUACUCGAGUGACGCUCAAGGCGACCAUGAUUUGUAUCGCAAUAAAGCACCGCCCGGCCUAAUAAGCCAGCUACUGGGCGCUGGGUUUAGGGUUGACGAGUCGGCAAGGCAGCCUGUUGACUCUGAUGCUGCAGCCUUCGUUGUCCCUACCCGGUAUGGGUCAGCGCUUUACCAUACGGACGUGAGCGCAACUGCGUCAUUCGUGUCUUUCGGUGGAGUGGUCAUCCUCAUCGGCACAACGAACGCCACCGCGGAAUGCGACUUCGUGGCUAGGAUUCUUGGCUAUAAAGGUGCUUGGCUGGAGUGUGGUUCUUCCAAGGUGGAGGCAUCCAGUGGGUCACCGGUAGCGCUUAGCCCCUUUGCUG